AUGCUGCCCACCCCCUUCUCGGUAAAAGACAUCCUCAACCUGGAACGGUCAGGACCCACCGGGGGACCCCACGCCGUCCCCGUUCCCCGGGCUGCCCACAGCCCCGGGGGGGGGGACGAGCCACCGCCACCCAAUGGAGCCCUCCAGCACCCCAUUUCCCUGCAGCCCCCCGAAAAAUUCCCUGAGCCCCUGCUGUGGCUGGCAGGCUACCCCAGCACAUCCCACCAGCCGGGGAGCGACCACCGUGGUCCCCAUUCCCAAUUUGUUCCCUCCUUCGGAAACACACUCUCACUGGGAACAGAACCGGUCUUGGGUCUCACUUUGCUUUGGAUAUUUCUCGCUGCAGGAAAAUGUUUGCUUGCCCACCCUUUCGAGGCAGACGAGAAGAAAGCCGACGCCUGCCACCAUCCCAAGCAGCGACAGCGGAGAAAACCCCGCGUUUUAUUCUCCCAAACUCAGGUGUUUGAACUGGAGCGGCGAUUUAAGCAACAGAAAUACCUCUCCGCUCCGGAAAGGGAGCACCUCGCCAGCGUGCUCAAGCUUACCUCCACGCAGGUGAAAAUCUGGUUCCAAAACCGAAGGUACAAGUGCAAGAGGCAGAGGCAGGAUAAAUCCCUGGAGCUGGCUGCCCACCCGCUGCCCCCGCGGAGGGUGGCAGUGCCCGUGCUCGUCAGGGACGGCAAACCCUGUCUCGGGGGGUCCCAGCCUUACCCAGCCCCGUACAGCCUCACCGCCAGCCCUUACUCCUAUAGCUCCUACUACAGUGCCUAUAGCGGCGGCCCGUUCGGUGCCAGCUAUGGGGGGGGGUACACCGGGGUGACCCCCAAUGCCGUGAACGUGAGCUUGGGUAUGGCCAGCGGUGCUCAGCACCAGCCCGCGUGCUUGCAAGCCGCCGUGCAAGCAGGGAUCAGGGCUUGGUAG